CUGCGUAGCGUUAGUGAAGUGUAUACCAAGAUGGCGGCGGCAUCAAUAAUGGGUUUCUCACAGCAUCUUUCUACUUCCAAUGAUUUAGUUCCAGAUUGGACUUCCCGUGAAGUUAGCACAGGGACUACUAUUAUGGCAGUUGAAUUUGACGGUGGAGUUGUAAUGGGGGCUGACUCUAGGACCACCACUGGGGCAUACAUCGCAAAUAGGGUAACAGAUAAGCUAACCCCCAUUCAUGAUCAAAUCUUCUGCUGCCGAUCUGGUUCCGCUGCAGACACUCAAGCCAUUGCUGAUGCAGUCACCUACCAAUUGGGAUUCCACAGUAUUGAGCUGGAUGAGCCCCCGCUGGUCCAGACAGCUGCCAAUCUCUUUAAAGACAUGUGCUAUAGGUACAGGGAAGAGUUGAUGGCUGGGAUCAUUGUGGCUGGUUGGGACAAACGGAGGGGCGGACAGGUCUACACUGUCCCUGUUGGAGGGAUGCUGACCAGGCAACCAGUGUCAGUGGGAGGAUCUGGCAGUUCUUAUAUCUAUGGAUAUGUAGACUCCAACUACAGAACUGGCAUGAGCAAGGAGGAAUGUUUACGUUUUGCAGCUGGAGCACUGUCCUUGGCCAUGGAGAGAGAUGGUUCCAGCGGGGGUGUGGUGCGAUUGGCUGUCAUCUCCGAGCAGGGUGUGGAGAGGCAGGUUAUCCUGGGCAACCAACUGCCCAAGUUCUCCACUCUGUAAUGCACACAUGAACAUCCAUAUUCAUGCUUAUGUGUUCAGUUACAAGUUACAUUUGUUAUGUCAUUGCUUGAUUUGUUUAAAAAAAGACUUCUCAUUAAAGUUGAGGAAAAUUUCCUGACUAUUAAAGCUGUAA